AUGUCGUCGAAGACUAUUUUAAGUCUCCAUACAUUACCGGUUGAAAUGGUCUAUCGUAUUCUCGAUAAUCUCAAUCCUUCAACUAUUUUCUGGUCAAUGGAAACUGUCUGUCAACGUCUAAAUGCUAUUCUAGAUAGUUAUGAUCGAUAUAAAGCAUUUGACACACUUAAACUUCGGUCAUCAAGAAUUAGUGAUGUACAGUUACAACAUAUAGCGAAUGCACUACAGUACAAUAAAACAAUUGCUAAACUCGAUCUAUCUCGGAAUAAAAUCGGAGACACAGAAGUAAAAUAUAUCGCUAAUGCAUUGCGACACAAUAGAACACUUCGUUCGCUGGAUCUUAUUGAAGCUGGAAUUUCUGAUGAAGGUGCACACUCAUUGGCUAUUGCAUUAAAACAUAAUACAACACUUACUAAACUCGGACUAAGAUGUAAUAAUAUUCAAGAUCAAGGAGCAUUACAUUUAGUUAAUGCUUUGCAACAGAAUAGAACACUCGAUGGAUUUACUUUCGAAUCGUCUAAAAGGCCUACUGCAAUGGCAUGGCAUUUAGAGAAUGCCAAACGUCGAAUUAUAGCAGGAAGAAAGCUUGGUCUUGAGUGGUGUCACUUGCGAGAUGCAGAUGCGCAACUCUUGGCGAAUGCAUUACAAGAAAAUACUACAUUGAUCAGUUUAAGUCUGCGCGAUAAUAAUAUUGGUGAUAAAGGCGCAAAAUAUUUAGGUGAAGCAUUACGAAACAAUAGAGUGAGAUAA